UCGAUCUUUCAAAAAGUAUCGAUUUAAUCGAUGUAAACAUCAUACGUUGCAGGUUCGUCGAAGAAGAAGAGCUGGGAUGUCCAUCUAUUUGUUAUGUUUGACAACAAACGGCGGAUUGCCCGUGUUUACACGAAAGAAGGGAGAAUGCGAAAAUCUGCCCUUUUCCACGGUGGCCUCCCUAAACGGCUUCCAUAUGUUCUUUAAAUCGCUGGGGAUCCAACUGGAGGCCACAACGACCAGCAAGCAGCAGCCAAUUCAGAAUCAGGCUCCUGCGGAUGCCGAGGAAUGGACUUACAUAUGGCGGGACAGGGAAUCCAUCACCCUGAUCGUCUGUGGAUGCGGCGUGGGGUCGGAGCAACUGCUUCAGACGCUGGCUGAUCUUGUCUUUGGAGCGAUAGGCAUGUUUAUCACUCGGGCCGCGGAAAUGGCACAUGCCACGCUUCUAGACAGACUAAAGAAGGACGCCAAGAAGUAUGUGCCGAUUGUUGACGCCAUUCUGGAAGCCGCCUGUGCGGGCACACAGCUCCUGGGCUAUACGGACUGCCUGCUGGCGGCGGAAAACGCCCAGUUGCUGCAGUGCCUAAACGAGUUUAGCGGCCACUGCGGCUCGCUCUUUUGCUGCCUGGUUGUGGGACAUCGCAUCGCAGUUGCCACAGAGGGCUGGUGGGAUCUGGACACUCGCGAUCGCGAGCUCCUGCUGUUUCUGUUGAAUUCAUCGAGCACACUGCAACACGAUGUGCCGGUCUAUUUGCCAGUGAAAAGUCCCCAUAUAGCCUACCGCUUUGUCAGCAUUCCCGUGGCCUCCAAUAGUGCUCUGUGUGUCCUGUGUGGCGCUGAGAAUGCCUCUUUCCGAGAUUUGCAUGCGCAUGCCAUGAGUGCCUACCGAAAUGAAGGCAACCUUCUGGCAGCCGCCGAGCGCUGCGUGCCGCGUAGUCUGCCCGAGCACCUGGAGAUCGAUGGGAAUGUGCUGGCUAUCAUUCUUAUUAACCGACACACGCGGAAAAGUCUUUUUACCAGAAAUCUAAACCAGUCGGCGAGUGUCAAGCGCAUCAUUGUGGGCGAUCUACAGCGCCUGGACAUUCUUAAGAAGUUUUUCGAUCAAACUAUGGAUGCAGUCCACCAAUUUGAAACACAGACGUCUAGCAAUAAAACUACGUUGGUGGACCAGUAUAGCUGCUCGGACUAUCACAAGUGCUAUGCGCAUACGGAUGAGCUAGGAAAUGUCAUAUUUUUGUUGUUUGUAGCAGCGGUGCCCUCGCAUGCAAUGAGGUUUAAUUAUAACUAUUAUAACGAAUGGUUUGUAAAAUCUUUUUAUAUUUACAGAUUCCUGGCGCAACGCAUCCAUGCUAACAUACUCCAGGAGAAGUCAGUAUGCUGGUGAUCCGAUUUUCCUUUCUGAACUAAAAGACUGAUUUUCAUUACUACUUUUCAAUAAUUGCAAUAAUGUACUUUUUUAAAGCAAACUAAAUUAUAUUCAACGUAUAAUAGGUACAACUACUUUUCUCAAGUGAAGCCUAAUUCACAACGAAUCUUAUAUGUAUAUGGUACAUACUUAUAUGGCUUUAAUGACUUAUACAAUGCCGUCCUUAAAUAUACUAUUAUACUCGUAUACUGCAAAUAUAGAAUAUUCGCUCAUGUA